GUGUUUAUUCUUUUUAAUUUUCUUUUCAAAUCUUCCUCGUGCAAAACCCAAAUAUAAGCCUAAAUCCCUAGCCUGUCUUCUCUUCCUUUUUCUCACUUCUCUUUCGUCAGAUCAACAGCUUAAAAUCUUAGUUAAGGAGGCGAGGUAUUCAUCUCCUACAUCACAGACCAGUCUUUGAUCGUAGAGACCAUAUUCAGCACCUCCUUCUCAUCUCUUCUCCAUUUCCUGAAGCUACUCAGGCUGUGCUUUGUGUUUGGGUAGGUAGAAAGGUGUGGUAGAGAUGGCAGACAGGUUGACACGUAUAGCAAUUGUGAGCUCUGACAGAUGCAAGCCGAAGAAGUGCCGUCAAGAGUGCAAGAAGAGCUGCCCUGUUGUCAAAACUGGGAAAUUAUGUAUUGAGGUUACUGUUGCAUCUAAGAUAGCUUUCAUCUCUGAGGAGUUGUGCAUUGGAUGUGGUAUUUGUGUUAAGAAAUGCCCAUUUGAAGCACUACAGAUCAUCAACUUGCCCAAAGAUCUUGAUAAAGAUACAACCCACCGUUAUGGGCCCAACACCUUUAAAUUGCACAGGCUGCCAGUCCCAAGGCCUGGGCAAGUUCUUGGCUUGGUUGGAACAAAUGGCAUUGGGAAGUCCACAGCCCUCAAAGUUUUGGCUGGAAAACUGAAACCAAAUUUGGGUCGUUUCAAUAAUCCUCCAGAUUGGCAGGAAAUCUUGACCUACUUUCGAGGAUCUGAGUUGCAGAAUUAUUUUACCCGUAUCCUGGAAGAUAAUCUGAAGGCCAUCAUAAAGCCUCAGUAUGUUGAUCACAUUCCAAAAGCAGUCCAAGGCAAUGUAGGGCAGGUGCUUGACCAAAAAGAUGAAAGAGAGAUGAAAGCUGAACUUUGUCAUGAUCUUGAGCUGAACCAGGUUAUAGAUCGUAAUGUGGGGGACUUGUCUGGUGGGGAGCUCCAACGGUUUGCUAUUGCUGUUGUUGCCAUACAGAAUGCUGAAAUAUAUAUGUUUGAUGAACCAUCAAGUUAUCUUGAUGUGAAGCAGAGGCUUAAAGCUGCCCAAGUCAUAAGAUCUUUGCUCAGGCCCAACAGCUAUGUAAUUGUGGUGGAGCAUGAUCUUAGUGUUCUGGAUUACUUGUCCGACUUCAUUUGUUGCUUAUAUGGGAAACCGGGUGCAUAUGGAGUUGUAACUCUUCCCUUCUCUGUUAGGGAAGGAAUCAAUAUUUUCUUGGCUGGAUUUGUCCCCACAGAGAAUCUACGAUUCCGGGAUGAAUCUUUAACCUUCAAGGUUGCUGAGACUCCACAAGAGAGUGCUGAGGAGAUUGAAACAUAUGCACGAUAUAAAUAUCCUACUAUGACCAAAACUCAGGGCAACUUUAAGCUUCGUGUGGUUGAGGGUGAAUUUACAGAUUCUCAGAUUAUUGUAAUGCUGGGUGAGAAUGGGACGGGGAAGACAACCUUUAUUCGUAUGCUGGCUGGUUUACUAAAACCUGAUAGUGUGGAAGGUUCUGAUGUUGAAAUACCCGAGUUUAAUGUUUCUUAUAAGCCCCAGAAAAUCAGUCCUAAGUUCCAGUCUACUGUUAGACACUUGCUACAUCAAAAAAUCCGUGAUUCAUAUAUGCAUCCUCAGUUUGUAUCAGAUGUCAUGAAGCCACUGCUUAUAGAGCAGCUAAUGGAUCAAGAAGUGGUGAAUCUCUCUGGUGGGGAGUUGCAAAGGGUUGCUUUGUGUCUCUGCCUUGGAAAGCCUGCAGACAUUUAUCUAAUCGAUGAACCGAGUGCAUAUCUGGAUUCUGAACAGCGUAUUGUUGCUUCUAAAGUCAUUAAGAGGUUUAUCCUUCAUGCGAAGAAAACUGCUUUCGUGGUAGAGCAUGAUUUUAUAAUGGCAACUUACCUUGCUGAUAGAGUUAUUGUAUACGAGGGGAGGCCUUCUGUAGAUUGUACUGCAAAUUCUCCUCAGUCAUUGCUAACUGGAAUGAAUCUGUUCUUAUCUCAUCUGGACAUCACAUUUAGGCGGGAUCCAACUAAUUACCGACCAAGAAUCAAUAAAUUGGACUCAACCAAGGACAGAGAACAGAAAGCUGCUGGGUCAUACUAUUACCUGGAUGAUUGAUGCAAUUAUUGGCAGAGUUUACAUAAUUCUCCUUGCCAGUCUUUCUUUGAGAAUUUAAGAGCGCCAUUCUGAACAAUUUUGCAACUCAGCAAAUUAUCAUACAUUGGCAAAUGACUAGUUGCCUCCUGUCCGGUGAAGAAGUAACAUUUAUCUUUUAUGUAAAUGAGCUGCAGCAGACCAUUUACAAUGUUGCUUCACCAUGUUUUCUGAUAUAUCAUGUUAGUUCAUUUUUCUUGAUAAUGACAUCAGGGCCGGUCUUUAAAUUUUAUUUGAAUGUGAGUCUGUAUUUAACUAGUGCCGAAAUUAGAGGAAGAAAGGUAUUGAGCUGAGUUAUCGAGGUGCAGUUUUGUCUUUUGUAACACUAAUUUUUUUUAUGAUUACAGCAUGAGAAGUUCCUCCGAAA